AAAGAACAAAACCUCCGUACCAAUGCUUACUGCACUAGAACGUCCUGCCAUGUGAGCCUUGCCUUCGCGGACGAAAAGUCGGUUAUGAUGUUUUUAGAUUUAAAAAAAAAAAAAUACUUAAUCGAUUUUUCAAAAGUCGGUUGAGUUCAAAACCUGCUUACCAUGUUGGGCCAACUGAGGACUUGUGGACCUGUGAGCCGCGCUAAGCCCAGAAAAACCUCGCCCCGGCCCACUUGCCUCGUCCGCUUCCCAGUCUAUCUGUACGCAGUCGUCAGAUCUCGUGCGACCACGACGAACUCCGUUCUCUCUCUCUGUCUCUCGCUCUCCUUCCUUCUCCUCCGCUCAUCAAGCCAGAAAAUCUAGCGAGCACUGUCUUCUCCAUCGCAUCCAAUAUGUCUCGUCUUUUCCAUUUCAUUCUCCUCCUAAAUCUAGGGUUCUUUCUAGACAUUUCUCAAUCCGUACGCUUUGAGCUUGAAUCCGGUCACACCAAAUGCAUAGCUGAAGACAUCAAAAGCAAUUCGAUGACAGUAGGGAAGUACUCCGUCGUCAAUCCCAACGAAGGUUACCCCAUGCCUGAUACUCACAGAGUCACCGCUCGGGUGACUUCAUCUUACGGCAACAGUUAUCACCAAGCGGAAAAUGUCGAGUCUGGGCAGUUUGGGUUUACGGCGGUGGAAGCCGGCGAUUACAUGGCGUGCUUCUGGGCGGCUGAUCACAAGCCCCAGGUGACGUUGACUGUUGAUUUUGAUUGGAAGACUGGUGUGGCCGCGAAGGACUGGUCGAAUGUUGCGAAGAAGGGCCAGAUUGACGUCAUGGAAAUAGAGCUAAGCAAGUUGUCUGAGACAGUUCAAUCCAUUCAUGAUGAGAUGUUUUAUCUUCGGGAAAGGGAAGAGGAAAUGCAAGAACUUAACAGAGCAACCAACACAAACAUGGCCUGGUUGAGUUUUGUUUCGCUGCUUGUGUGCUUAUCCGUGGCAGGCUUGCAAGUAUGGCACUUGAAGACCUUUUUUGAGAGGAAGAAGCUCCUUUAACUUUAUGUUGGAUACCUUUGUUUCACAAAUCUGUUCUAUGCAUUUGUAAAAUUUUCUAACAAUAAUAUAUUUCAAUCAGAAUAUUCUCACUUCUCA